AUGCCGACGGCAUCAAGGAGAUUUGACCCGAAGGACAAACUUAGGGGCUCCAGACAGGACCUUAAUUCGUCGUCCGACCAUAAUGUCAAGGUCAUGAGAAUGGAUACAGAAAGUGAGAAUAGAAUGAAUCCUCGAAUCCGUCGGAACAUGGAAAGAGUGGAGAUGUUAGCCCGACCGAACUCCCGUCGACUACGCUCUUUGUGGGACGAGAAGUGUGCCAUUCUACCUCGUGACCGAAGAGAUAAGAUCAAGAGCGCUUUGGAGGAGGACUACUUCUUGAGUCCUGAACAAACUGAGCAAUACUUCCAAGCGUUUUACGAGUCAUCGAAACGAUGGUGUGGGCCGGGUGGAAUGGUCAGCCGCAAGGAGCAUGCUGACAGAAGCAAGGAGCUGCGUCUUAGGCAGAAAUGGCUGGUUAACUUUAGUGCCCAGGUGGCGUACCGUUUAUGUGAUUACAUAGCUAAAGGCCAAAAAGAGAUGUUGGUGUCCAACCGUCUGAGAAGCAUCGCCGAUGUGGUUUUGGAAAGAGUCGCUGAAAUUCUCGGUGAACCCAAACCAACUCGCACGAACCCUGGUCGUCUCCCUCGGUUCAUGGUUGCCAUAUCCGACCGUAUCGCAGUGUGGAUCGAAAACGCAGUGUACCGAGCUGAUGCAGCUGAAACCGAAUCAGUCAAGGGACCCGAUGAACAUAUGCGACUUGACGCCGAUAAACCACUUAUUUGCUGA